AUGUCUGCGGAAGCGGAGGGUGCGAGACUGCUGGCUGGGGUGGGAGAGGAGGGUCUUGAUGAGUUUCUAUCUGAGCUACGCCAUCUUCUGUAUCCUCCUAAGCCGAAGCUAGGCAUCCCGCCUCUCGAUCGCUUGCUCGAGGUGUUCUGUGCUCCGGCGCAGCGUCUCGCAGCGCCUCGUUGCUCAUCUCCUCACCAUGAGGAUGAUGUCGAUAGGCAUGGACAAGACGAGGAUCCGGCAACACAUUCGACUUUUUUGAACAGUCAAGCCUCCAGAUGGAUGCCCGUAAUCAUCGAGUUGACAUCCUCGCUACCUGCCUCCGGUAAAACUAAUCUGCUCUACUGGAUUACGGCGCUUGCUGUUCUUCCUAGCAAUCAUGGUGGUCAGGGCACAGCCGUGGUUUGGUUUGAUAACGAUGGACGAUUCUCCGCAGCGAGAUUACGAGAGGUGGUAGUUGGCACCGUCCCCUCUCCUACUGCCAAUGAGGGUUCUAUAGGAGGCGAGGACGAUAGAGAAAGCCUCGUCCUGGAUGCCUUAAAUCAUGUCCAUGUUUUCCGGCCACAGUCUUCACGACAUUUAAUUGAGACUUUGGACUCCUUGCCAUCCUAUCUACUUGAUGCUACAGCUCACCAAUCGAUGAGUAGACGGCUUGGUCUCCUAGUCUUGGACUCAGCAAGCGCGUUCUACUGGCAAGAUCGAUAUGACUCAGAGACUGCUCGCUUUCAGCAUCCAGAUCAGCCUAGAGACAAGCCUUCACGAACAGCCGAAGUUAUCACGAAACUGAGGGAUUUGCAGAAGGAAUUUGAUUGUGCUAUCGCAUAUUCUACCUCAUCAGCGUUCACUACCAUGACUAAACCUGCUCUGCUCUCGACCUCAGAUCCUGCCGCGCCACAAGAAUCGUGGUCUGCUAGUGCGUGGACUAGGUUUGCGAACCUGACCCUAAAUCUGUCGAGGGUGAUUGUGCCGCGCUUCCCAUCGCAUAUGUCCUUGAAAGAAUGCUUGAGAAACCAGGAGAAGAGGCAAGAUGCGGUUGCGAUGGUGAAAUUCUUGGCCGAGGUUGAUCGGCAUGGAAGUGAAACAUGGACGGCCGGUGUGAAGGAAGAAUGGAAGAAGAUGGAAGCUGCAAGUAGUUUCCGAUUCGGCUUUGACACAGCCGUCCCGGUAGAAUCAGUAAGGAUGUAA